GUUCCUGGUUGCGAUCAGCCGACAGAAACGUGUGACCAUGGCGGAGACACGUUUCCUCGGGAGUCCGAGUGAAGAAAAACUCAAAAAGGUGUCCGCUGUGAUAGUCGUGCACGGAGGUGCGUGGGCCAUUCCUGACCAUCUUGCCAAGGCUUCAGUUGAUGGAGUGAAACUGGCUGCAUGUGAAGGGAGGUCCGUGCUGCAACGGGGAGGGAGCGCGCUGGAUGCUGUUGAAUCUGCUGUGAGGAAACUGGAGGAUAAUGUGGUGUUUAACGCAGGUCACGGAGCAGCUCUCAACACAGAGGGCAAAGUGGAACUGGAUGCAAUCAUCAUGGAUGGAAAGACACUUGCUUGUGGUGCAGUCUCUUCUGUGAAGAACAUUGCCAAUCCAGUAUCUCUGGCAAGGGCAGUGAUGGAAAAGACUGAUCACAUCAUGUUGACAGACCACGGUGCAAACUUGUUCGCUGAGAGUAUCGGUAUUCCAACAGUUUCAACCGAUACUCUUGUGACAGAAUAUGAGAGGAGAGAGUGGGAGAAGCAGAAGACAUAUGUCAACGGUGUUGUGGAAGAUUUCAACUCUCAGUGGCAACAUGACACAGUGGGUGCGGUUGCUUUGGAUUCUGCUGGCAAUGUCGCGUGUGCUACAUCUACUGGAGGUAUCCGGAAUAAAAUGGUGGGACGAGUGGGAGACUCCCCAAUCAUUGGCUGUGGGGGUUAUGCUGACAACUUGAGUGGUGCAGUGUCUUGCACUGGUCAUGGAGAGUCUAUCCUCAAAGUGACAUUGGCAAGCCGUAUUCUCUCGCUUGUCGAACAAGGUAAAUCCGUCGUGGAAUCUUCAAAAUUGGCCCUGAAUUACAUGGGAGACCGUGUUCGCGGUGCUGGAGGAGCCAUUGCAGUUUCUCCGUCGGGGCAGUGGGCUGCGACUUUUACGACCGAACGAAUGGCCUGGGCAGCUGUGGACCAAGACGUAUUGUUUUAUGGACUAGAGCCAAAUGAAGAAAUAAAACAACAGUUAAUUCAAUAAUUUACUGAUUCUUUCCCCCAAAAUCCAGUCGCAUUUUAAGAGGCUGCAAUUUGUUCUGUGUCUGUGCUUAAUUUACACCUGGAACUGUGCAAACUGUACUGGUCAGUUUCUGUGUUAUGUUACUUCAAAU